UCUCACGAGACUUCGUUUGUUGUGGAACAGCUGAGUGGGUGGCUAGAGGUACUUGCGACCAGUUACCGAUUCAACAGCAAAGCUGCGGCCUCAUAGCUGAGUUUCAGCCCCCUGAAAACUUUGUUUCCAGCUCGUUGGACGCCAUGGCUGAGACGGACCCGAAGUCAGUGCAGGACCUCACCAAUGUGGUCCAGACUUUGCUGCAGCAGAUGCAGGAUAAGUUUCAGACGAUGUCGGACCAGAUCAUCGGCAGGAUUGAUGAGAUGAGCACACGCAUCGACGACCUGGAGAAGAACAUCGCCGACCUGAUGACCCAGGCCGGGGUGGAGGAGAUCGAGGCGGCGCCGGAGAAGCCCAAAGAGAGCCAGGGGUCGUCAUGAAGGCUCCUGGCGGCCCGACGUUGGUCCUGGACCCGGGAGCAGCAGAACUUUUCCACUGAAAUUGACUUGUUGGUGUCAUGUUGUGUGAAAUGCUUUUUUUAUAUAUUGAGUUUUGUGAAACGGUUCCAGUGAAUGACUUGAAGAGCUGAACAUUGUAAGAUAGACUAGUUUAAUGUGUCCUGAACCUUUUUAGGCAGAGAUGAUUGAUUAUUGGAGGUGGACGCUACUGGGUCAGAACCAGUAACCCUGCAGACGGACGCAUUCCACUCCUAAUGUUCUAACACUGAAGUUUGUAAUCUGUGCUUAAUAUUUAACUAUUUGCUUAGUAAUGAAGAAACUCAACAACUCUAA